AUUCCGUGCCCGAGGCCGGUGUCUGCCGUGAAGGGAGCAGCUAAACCGAAGAGGGUGAGGAGGCCGAAGAAUGGGUCGGGCCUCUCCUAUCUGGACCUCACCAACAUAUUCCUGAUCAAGCCGGAGAGCAGUGCGGCCGACUAUCUUGUUGCCCAGAUGUAUGUGGGGCCAUUCGGGCGGGUUAGGGCACCCAGACCGACGGACCAUGUUCUACUUCCGCCACCGGGAUACUUUGGAGUAUACCCGAUGAGUUUUGCUAAGGGGUUGAGGUUCCCCCUUCACCCUUUCAUCAUUGAGUAUCUGGACAUGGUGGGGCUUCCUCCGGCCUUGCUGACGCCGAACAAUUAUUCCUUGAUGGUGGGCUUUUUACUCCGGUGUGAGGAGCUGGGCUACAAGCCGACAACGACCCUAUUCAUGAAUUUGUACCAGAUCGGCCGAGGAAGCCACAAGAACUGUGCGGCCUAUGCUACUCUUCAACAGCUGCCGAAGAAGAGGAGCUUCACGGAUUUGCCUACGUCCAUUCAUGGGUGGAAGAGCAAGUUCGUGUUUGUGUCCAUUGGUGAGAGUGGCACCGAGUUCCCCUCUCUCGGCCAUACCGGGAGGAUCAAUCUCCAUGACCCGCCGAAGAGCUCUAUCUUGGAUGCUCAGGUGGCGGCUUUCCUGGAAGGGGGGCCGAGGAGCGUGAAGGAUUACGUUACUGAAUAUAAAAUGACCGCCCUCGGCUUCUUCAGAUACCACCUGUAUGGCGAUAAGGAGGAUGACCUCCAACUCUGGUCGAGGAUGACCACCACAUUUGAAGAGGCCGACGGCCCGGAUUUGGGCAUUCCUGCUGAGGCCGAUGAUUUUUCCAUGGACCGUCGUUCCAUAAUGGCUAUUGCCAAGGCCAAAGCGGCCGAGGAGUUGGCUGCCAAGGCGGUCGAGGCGGCCAGACGUGCCGCGGCCGAUGGGAGCGGGGCUACUGCUGAUGCGGCCCCAAAACCUGCCCCAUCAAAGAAGAAGAGACCGGCCACUGACGGCCAGAAAAAGUUGACUGAUGCCGGCCUGAGCGUCUCUAAGAAGACGAAGAGGGCACCUUCCCCUUCUCCGGCUACCGAGGCCGGUACUCUGGCUGUCCCCAGCGUGGACGAUAGUGGUCCUGUCGUGGACCCUACUGCUGCUGGCGAUGCUGCCCCAUCA